CAACUGAACCACCCCAAUAUAAUUAAAUAUUUGGAUUCUUUUAUUGAAGACAACGAACUCAACAUCGUCCUGGAGCUGGCCGAUGCUGGCGAUCUCUCUCAGAUGAUUAAGUAUUUUAAAAAGCAGAAACGGUUAAUCCCGGAAAGGACGGUGUGGAAAUAUUUUGUGCAGUUAUGCAGUGCAGUUGAACACAUGCACUCCCGCAGGGUGAUGCACAGAGACAUAAAACCAGCCAACGUGUUUAUAACAGCCACAGGGGUGGUGAAGCUGGGAGAUCUUGGAUUAGGCCGGUUUUUUAGCUCUAAAACCACUGCAGCACAUUCCUUAG